CUCUUUGAGCAAGUAAAUCCAUCAAUAUUACGUUCGUAAUCAACACUUCCGCUAUAUCUGGUCAUUCUGCCGUCAAGAUAUAUACACACACACACACACUCUCUCUCUCUCUCUCUCUCUCUCUCUUUCUCUCUCUCUCUCUUUCGGAGAUCCCUUCCAUCACCAUCAAUUCCUUCGUCGUCGCCGUCUUUGCCAUCGUGUAUCUGCACUCGUCCUAUUUUCUCCUAGCCUCUACUCGCCAUUCAAAAAAAUACCAAAGCAACUGAACUACAUCCACCAUGUCCAACCCCGGAGAUUCUGGAAAGGGCUUCACCCACACCGGGUCCGGCACCAACAGCCAGGGCAACCACUGGUGCUCCCGCGACUACGGCACUGGCUCCGACUCCAACGGUUAUGGCCACGGCGAUGCCUACCACUACAGCAACCGCGAUGGCUCGUACUACUACUCCAACUCGGAUGGAAGCACCUACUACAACGACGGUAAAGGUGGCGCGGUUUACACCCCUCCAGGUGAAAAAAAGUAGGACAAGCAACUGGACUGGCAAAACGCCUCACGCAACUGAACAUCACAUCUCAACAAGCAAGUUGUUCUCUUUUUUAGUACGAGAUGACGAUGAUGACAUCGGAGUUGGGUUCCGGGUAGGCCUUUUCUUGGUGAUUGCGUUGACGUAGUGGUGCUACCGGUGACCGGGCGGUUGGUCAUGCGUCGGUUUUUUCCCCUUGGUCACUUGGACCGGAUGCUCUUCCUUGUGCGGAGUCUUUGGAGAUAGCACUGAUGCACCUACUGAGUCUGAAUGAAAUAUCGGAACUGCGCCUUCGGAGUCCCAUUUCGGC